CUUACGGGAAAAAAACCCAAACGGCCAAAUCCAGGUUAAGCUCAGAAGACGUGAAGAAGAACACCGACGAUGGCGUGGGCACGAUUGAUUCAGAACGCGAGAGCAGCUCUAGGGACAAAGCAGUCGUUUUCGACUCUUGGCCUCCCCAGAUUUUACUCCAAACCGGCUACUUAUUUCGAUCCCUUUUCUUAUCCUGGAAGGAAUUUGUGGAUUGUUUCAGGUUUAGUUUUUGUGAAGGUUGGGAUUCCAGAGUUCCUAGGCGGGAUUGGCAGAGGAGCUGAGACUCACAUUGCCAAAAUUGAAACUGAGAUCGGUGACCUUCAUAAGUUGCUUGUGACGCGUACCCUCAGACUCAAGAAGCUUGGCAUCCCUUGCAAACAUAGGAAACUGAUACUGAAGUAUGGCCAGAAAUACAGGUUAGGACUAUGGAAACCUAGAGCUGACGCUAUUAAGGCCUGAUCAACUCUAUAUUUUGAACGUUGAGUCUCCUCAUGUUGGGGUUUUACUGUCCAAAAUAAGUUGUAGUACUCGAAUGAUCAUUGUCAUACCAGUUCAGUAUUGAAAAAUAUGACAUUCGACCAGUAGUAGUAAUGUUGUGUUCAUGGUUUUUGAUGUUUACUGAAGUUACGUGACAAACCUAGUGUAAUUUUGCAAUUCAUCUAGUAGUUUUUGUCCA